UUGCUGCUCAUUUCCUUCGUCCGCGCACGAACUCUCUGUUGUUGAGACUUGAGAGAAGUCCGCGAAAGAGUUGAUGACAGACUAGCCUUUUCUUCUACUGUUGUCAAAUAGAGGUACCAUUCUGAUUCAUUGUCAACUAAAUAGUUGAUUAGUUUCUUCUGGGUCGUAGAAAGCUUGGUUUUGUUCACGCAGACAUUUUUACAAACAGUUUAUACUCGCUCCGGUAUCGAUAGAAAUGCGAGGAAUCAGAAUCGCAAGAUUGGCGCCAUGGAUUCUUUCAAUUAUUGCUCGACCGUAUCCCAAUGUCACCUAUACCAGAUCGAUCGAAUGCGCAAGACCCAUCACCGAAGCUACAAAUUCGGAGUUUUCAUUUUUUUCCUCUUCUUUCUCCACCUCGAAUUUAGAAUUCCCAAGUGCAACAGCGAAUCCUAGGUUACAAGAAGGAUGUCGAAAAAAUGGUGGUGAUGACGAGGAUAGUGAUAAUGAUGCUGAUGACGAUAAUGAUGAGGAGGAAGAUGGUACUGUUAAACAGCUGAGGGCGGUAGAUGAAGGGCUUGUUCGUAACGUGAAUACUGUUGUGGGCAUAUUGUGCGAACUUGGUGGCAAUAGAGUGGAGAUGAAAAACAAGCUUGAGCAGUGCCGUGUUAGACCCACAGAGGAGUUGGUGGAUGAAGUUCUUUCUCGGGUAAGAAACGAUUGGGAGACGGCGUUCACAUUCUUCUUGUGGGCUGGGAAGCAGCCAGGCUAUGCCCAUUCUGUGGGGGAGUACCACUUAAUGCUAUCUAUUCUUGGGAAGAUGAGAAAAUUUGAUACAGCUUGGGCAUUGAUUGAUGAGAUGAGAGGGUCUAGGAAUGGAGUGUCCCUUGUAAAGCCACAUACUUUAUUGAUUAUGAUAAGGAGAUAUUGUGCAGUGCAUGAUGUGGGUCGUGCUAUAAACACUUUCUAUGCAUAUAAACGGUUUAAAUUUGAUAUGGGGAUGGAUGAGUUUCACAGCCUUCUAUCUGCUCUUUGUCGGUACAAGAAUGUGCAAGAUGCUGAGCACUUAAUGUUUUGUAACAAAGAUAUUUUUCCGUUUAAUACGAAGAGCUUUAAUAUUGUACUCAAUGGGUGGUGUAACUUGAUUGGAAGUCCACGAGAAGCAGAGAGAGUGUGGAUGGAGAUGAGCAAGAGAGGCAUUCGCUACGAUGUUGCCUCAUAUGCGAGCAUCAUGUCUUGUCAUUCAAAGGCGGGUAACCUAUAUAAGGUGUUUAAGCUCUAUGAAAGGAUGAAGAAAAUGGGUAUCAUUCCGGAUAGAAAAGUUUAUAAUGCAGUCAUUCAUGCUCUUGCAAAGGAUGGGCUAGUAAAAGAGGCCAUCAAUCUGAUGAAAACAAUGGAAGAAAAAGGUAUAGCUCCUGACAUUGUUACUUAUAACUCACUGAUCAAGCCUUUUUGUAGGGCACAAAAAAUAGUUGAGGCCUGGCAGGUUUUUGAAGAGAUGUUGCAGCGUGGUCUCUCUCCUACAAUACGGACUUACCAUGCCUUCUUGCGUAUGGUGAGGACAGCAGAAGAGGUGUUUGUUCUUUUAGAGAAGAUGAGAGAAAUGGACUGCCAACCCACUAUUGAGACCUAUAUUAUGUUGAUCAGGAAGUUUUGUCGUUGGCACCAACUUGAUAAUGUUUUCAAGGUGUGGGAUGAGAUCCGUAAAAGCGGCUUAGGUCCUGAUCGUAGCUCAUAUAUUGUUCUGAUACAUGGGCUCUUCUUGAAUGGGAAGUUGGAGGAAGCAUACAAAUUUUACACAGAGAUGAAGGAAAAGCAGUUAUUGCUCGAACCAAAGAUAGAGGAAAAGAUUCAGGCUUGGUUAGCGAAUAAGCAUAUUGAUGUAUGCCAGAUUAAAGAGUCAAAAGAUAGUCAAUCAGGUCGUGGUCAGUCAGGCAAACAGACCAGGGCAGUCUCUGUAAAACAUGAUAGGAAAAAGGAUUUUGUGCGACGACCUGAAACUAGAAUUGCUGUGAGGGAACGAGGCUUUUCUUUCUGAGACAAUUAGCUUCUCAUGCAUAAUAAGUCUCAAAGUUGCAAUUUUUUUGUGUAUGGCCGACUGUUGCAAGUCAGCAUUGUACAUCAUUGCAUCUCCAUCAAACGCAUGCACCUACAUAGGCUCUCUGGUUACAUCGUGUAUACAAAAUUCCUCCCAAGUACUUUAUUGCUUCCAGUUAAUUAUGGCAAUGAAUGGAACUCUCAUCGACCUCGGUGCACAAUUUACUCUCUCUGUCACUGUGAAACACCCCCAGCCCCUAUCUCCACCAAAAGAAAAACCCCUUCUCGUGGUCUUCAUUUUGGUUGAACUUGAAGUUAGAGGUCAUCCACAUUAAAGUCAGAAAGAAUUUGAAAAUUUUUGUUUUGGGGAACUUGUUCAGAGAUUGAUUUCCUGGCAGAGGCAAACCUUCUCAAGCUAUGCCUAACAAUAAAUGGAUUUAUGUGAGAUGAUAUGCCCAUGGGAUAAUCAUGAAGCCUGACUGAGGUAACUUGAUGUUAUACAGUGCUGAAAUUGGUUCAGUUUGCUGUUUAUUAUGUCAAAACAUUAAAAAAAAUUAAAAAGUUUAAACAACAUGUACACAAGGCUUCUGCAGGGGAAUCAAAGAUGAAAAAAGGAAAGAUGUGAAAGAUGUGCAUAGCCUUAACCCCGCAUUGCAAGGCUAUUUCGAAGAUUUGAACUGUGACCAAUUGUCGCACUGGGCCGCAGGUUCAUGCUUUUAUUGCGUCAAACAUACAGAAAUUAGAUGUGUGUCAAACAUGGUGUCAUGGUGACAUGAUGUAUGACUUUAUAAGAAGUAUAUAUGGUUUGUUUGAAUGCUGAAAAAAAAAUGGAAGUAGACUUUACGAAGAUGUGCCAAUUAGUUUCCUUCUUGAACAGUGGAACUCCAUCAAUUUGAAGUUAUUCAGGUGCCUCUUGAAGUUGUAUAUCUGGAUCUGCAUCUUGUUUAAGAUUAGAAAACAAAUCCAUUUUCAUUCCGAAUCCCUAAAUAUUACUGUCAUUCGUUUUUAAAGCAUUUGCUGACUCAAGAACAUAGGAUAUUUCUCAUAACCUUGUUUUCCUGCAUAUAGUUCCAGGUUAGGCCAAAGUCACCAUGUGGUGCCCUGCAUGGGAUUUCUGGUGCAUAAUUAUUUGACAUGAAAUAGCUGCUAGCCACUAUAUUAGGUGAACCACACGUGGAAAACUACAAGGGUUACAAUCAAAACUUUUCUGCCUUUGAAAAUCAGCUGGAUUAUGCUUAUUCAUGAACAUGCAUGCAUGCCUCUCGACUAGUCAAAAUGGUUUAUCUCUACGUUUAGUCAAAUCCUCUUAACAACUUGAUGUAACAACCAAUCCGUGUUGGUUUAGUUGUUGAGGACCUGAAUUCCAUAAGCUUGUUGUGAAAGAACUACAACCAUGAUGGCAUGAUCUAAUGCUUUUUUUUUUUAAUCUGAGCAGGUAAAUGGAAGGUCAAACAUCAUACUAAAUUGAAAGAGGAAUCUGACUAUUAUCAUCAUCUAGGAACGUGAAGACAAAACAUAACGUGAAGCUCAUCAGCCAAACAAAAGCAUCUUUGAAGGAUAGGUAUAAUGAUAUAUAUCCCACUAAUUGAGAGUUGUGGAUAAUCUUUAACUUUUUUUGGUCCUUGUUCAUGGUAAUAUAUUGGUGGUCCCUUGACAGACACAGAGCUUGGUGAUGCCUUCAAAUUAGAUAAGACAAAGAAAGAACUGCAUAAUUUAAUGAAGAAAUAUGUCAGGUGUAGAUUUGUGGCAAAAAGACAAGUGGAGGAAACCAAUUAUCUCUCUCACACCACCAAGCUGGGUAUAUAAUUCUCCAUGGGGACCCCACUAACUCUCUUCCUCUAUCAUCCAUCCUAUGUAUGUGUAUACAU